AGUAUGAAAAUUCGAAAGCAGUGGGGAAGAAAUGCUGGACCUAUCACAGCGAUGCUAACAGACAGCCUAUUACAGUAUUUAAUAAAAACAGAAGCAGCGUGCCUGUCAUAGGCUAAUAAAUUCUACCUCCUGCACGCUUUUAAAAAACAGUCUGAGCCGGCUUUCACGGAGCUUCGGAGAACUAAUCUUAAGCAUGGCUGUCUAGCGCGCCUGUCACUCCUAUUGUCCUUCCAAACUCUUGCAGACAUUUUGAGCAAGGAGUAUUAAAGCUAUGAGUUAGCGAGGGUGUGACAUCAAUGGUCUACAAAGGCAGCCAGCAGGAAAGGUAAAGAUGAGUCCCGGUGGCUGUGUGGAAGACUCCAUGGGAUCGCUGUCGUUAAAAAUUAAGCGUGGCUUUUGAGGAAGAUGUGACAACUACCGGAGGUCUUUCUGCCACUGCCCCAGGACUUCCACACUGAGGAAAGGAGCUGCAGGACCAACAUCCUCUAAGAUGUUUAUAUGGACCAGUGGCCGGACCUCUUCAUCUUACAGACACGAUGAGAAAAGAAAUAUCUACCAGAAAAUCAGGGACCAUGACCUCCUGGACAAAAGGAAAACUGUGACAGCUCUGAAGGCUGGAGAGGACCGGGCCAUCCUGCUUGGACUGGCCAUGAUGGUGUGUUCCAUCAUGAUGUACUUCCUGCUGGGAAUCACACUGCUGCGCUCAUACAUGCAGAGUGUGUGGACAGAAGAAGCCCAGUGCGCCCUGCUGAAUGUGUCAAUCACAGAAACGUUUAACUGUUCCUUCAGCUGUGGGCCCGACUGUUGGAAGCUCUCUCAGUACCCUUGCCUGCAGGUGUACGUGAACCUGACAUCUUCCGGCGAGAAGCUCCUCCUCUACCACACGGAAGAGACCAUGAAGAUCAAUCAAAAGUGCUCCUAUAUUCCUAAGUGUGGAAACAACUUUGAGGAGUCCAUGUCCCUUGUGAGUGUCGUCAUGGAAAACUUCAGGAGACACCAACACUUCCCCUGCUAUUCUGACCCAGAAGGGAACCAGAAGAGCGUCAUCCUGACCAAACUCUACAGCUCCAAUGUGCUGUUUCAUUCUCUCUUCUGGCCAACGUGUAUGAUGGCUGGGGGUGUGGCAAUUGUUGCUAUGGUGAAACUAACUCAGUACCUCUCCCUGCUUUGUGAGAGGAUCCAACGGAUCAACAGAUAAAAGAAAAAAAAUCAUGGAUAAGAUAUUUUUCUGUAAAGCUCAAAUACUGUUUUCUUUCGUUCUUCACCAAAGAACCUUAAGUUUGUAAUGUGCAGUCUGUUAUGGGUUCCUUAAUAUAUUAUUCUAUGUAGAGCAAUAACGCAAAUGCUGUCCUAUAUGCAAACAUGAUGUCCUUAUUAUUCAGGAGAAUUAACUGUUCCUCAUUGGUGGGUUGUUUCAUUACAUUGUUUUGAUGCUGGAACUAGUCUGUCCUCUGUCCACCAGAAUAGGGCUCACCUACUCAUUGCUAAGUAUUGUGAGGGUAUUGGGGGAUGGAGGCACUGUCCCCAAGACCAGGUCUGUGUUCGGAGUUUCCAGAGUUCAUGAAGACAAGAUUUUUCUUCAUUUCUUGUUUACUGAAGCUACAGCC